CUCACUCCUAGUCCGGAGGUCACCACCGCUGUAUCUCUGAUUCUUCACACGAGACGAUCAUGUUUUACUUUGUGAGAGUGUGACAGCGUGGACAUGGGGAUAACCAAGCAAUCCAACAAGAAGAAGAAGAUCAUUAUCGGGGCGUUGGCGGUGGCCGUUGUCACCAUAAUCCUCGGCCUGGGACUUGGACUCGGACUUGAUCUGCAGAAAUGUCGAGAUGAAGUCGUUCCUCACACGUCCUGCAGGAACCGCUGCUAUGAGCCGUAUGACGGAGACGUCCCCGGCUGCAGGUGUGACGCUGGCUGUAACAACAGCUGCUGCUACGACUACCACGACAUCUGCACCGUCCCCACUGAGCAGUGGGAGUGCACGAGGCUGCGCUGUGGAGAGACCAGGCUGUCUAAGAGCAAAUGCCACUGCUCUGAUGACUGUCUGUCUGCAGGAGACUGCUGCACCAACUACAAACAUGUCUGCCACGGAGAGACGGAGUGGGUUGAGGACUCGUGUGAUGACUUGUCGUCUGCGGUUUGUCCCAAAAGCUUCAAGCAGCAGCCUCUGCUCCUGAUCUCGCUGGACGGACUCCGGGCGGAGUAUAUGGCCACGUGGAGCCAUCUGAUUCCUGUUCUGGACAAACUGAGGAGCUGUGGGACGUCCGCUCCAUACAUGCAGGCCGCGUUUCCAAGCAAGACGUUUCCAAACCACUACACCAUAGUGACGGGUUUAUAUCCAGAGUCCAACGGUCUGGUUGAUAACAGCAUGUACGACCCGGUGUUUGAUGCCAGCUUCAGCCUGUCCAGUUCAGAGAAAGACAACCCUGCCUGGUACCUCGGCCAGCCUAUUUGGCUCACAGCAAAGGACCAGGGGCGGAAGUCUGGAACCUUCUUCUGGCCUGGGUCUGACGUCAAAAUCAAUGGAAGCUACCCUGACCUCUACAAACCUUACGAUGGUAAGGUCCCGUUUGAGGAAAGAGUUUUCACCGUGCUCCAGUGGCUGCAGCUUCCUGAGGACCAAAGACCAGAUUUCUACACGCUGUAUCUGGAGGAGCCGGAUAAAUCUGGACACAGCUACGGUCCUGUGAGCGGAGGGGUGAGUUAA